GACAUAGUUAAGUGGCUGCCUGCCGUGGAGAGGACGCCUCUGCAGAUGGACUCAGUGUGCCAGCCAGAGGCGGAGAGGCAGGGCGCCUGAGCGGGCUCCCUGCGGCUGGAGUCCGCUGCGUUUCUCCAUCAAGCAUGAGAGAAACCAGAGGGAAACGAAAGCGAACAGACAAAGUUACACUGGUAUGGAUCUGGACACGCACAGCUCUCCUCUGCGCAGGCGCACCAGCUCGUCCCCUCCUUCUACCUGAGGGCAGCGCACCUUGAUCCAACGAGACGGAAGUUUCGUGAGGGCGGAAAACAGCAAAUCCCUUUUUUCUCGUGUGUCACUGGCUCCACGGGAGAGUUCGCUCGGAGUUCAACAAGGAAGUAACAAGAGGAUCUCCGGUCCGAGCAGGAUGCGAUGCGUCGGGUCUCACGGGAACAACUGAAAGGUCUUUCCCAACCUUAACAAUCUGUACUGGUCCUGCGCCUCAUGCUGCGGUCCAAAGGCAGCCUGGUCUCCACUGAAGAAGAAUGAUAGCUCUCCGCAGAGUGCUCCGCAGGAGAUUGCACCCAAUCAAACUGGUGAUAGUGGCCCUUGUCUUUGUCACAUUUGUGUUCCUCAUACAAUGGGAAGUGGGGAGCCAGAACCAACAAGAGGAGCCCUGGCUGAAGGAGAUGGUGGUGAAGCGGGACGCCAUGCUGGGCAUGGUGAUGGGGGCUGUCAAUAACUUCAGGGAUGCCAUGCCAAAGAUGCAGAUCAGAGCCCCUGUGCGUCAGCAGGACAAAGCAGACAGCACGUCCUGUCUGCCAGGUCACUACACUGCUGCCGAGCUCAGGCCGGCCCUGGAGCGGCCCCCUCAGAGCCCCCUCUCCCCUGGAGCUGCUGGGAAACCUUUCCACACAGACUCGCUGAGCCCUGAGGAGCAGAAGGAGAAGGAGAGGGGUGAGGAGAAGCACUGCUUUAACCUGUACGCCAGUGACCGCAUCUCCUUGAGCAGAGACCUGGGAGCAGACACACGACCACCAGAAUGUAUUGAGCAGACCUUCAAGCGUUGCCCCCCCCUGCCAACCACCAGUGUGAUAAUCGUGUUUCACAAUGAGGCCUGGAGCACUCUGUUGAGGACAGUGUACAGUGUCCUGCACACCUCCCCGGCCAUUCUCCUCAAGGAGAUCAUCCUGGUGGACGACGCAAGCGUGGACGAUGUUUUGAAGGACGAGCUGGACGAGUAUUUGAAGCACUUGAGCAUUGUGAAAGUUGUCCGACAGCGAGAGAGGAAAGGUCUCAUCACCGCUCGGCUGCUGGGUGCCGCUGUGGCCACGGGUGACACCCUCACCUUCCUGGACGCCCACUGUGAAUGCUUUAACGGUUGGCUGGAGCCUCUGCUGGCAAGGAUAGCAGAUAACUUCACUGCAGUGGUCAGUCCCGAUAUCACGACGAUCGAUCUCAACACCUUUGAGUUUAUGAAACCGUCGCCGUACGGCCAGAACCACAACCGGGGAAACUUUGACUGGGGCCUGGCGUUUGGCUGGGAGAGUCUUCCAGAUCAUGAGAGGAAGAGGAGGAAUGAUGAAACAUACCCUAUCAAGACUCCCACAUUUGCUGGUGGACUCUUCUCCAUCUCCAAAGAAUAUUUCUACCAUAUCGGAAGCUAUGAUGAACAAAUGGAAAUCUGGGGCGGAGAGAAUAUUGAAAUGUCAUUUAGGGUGUGGCAGUGCGGAGGACAGCUGGAGAUCAUCCCUUGCUCCAUUGUGGGUCACGUGUUCCGCACAAAGAGCCCCCACACCUUCCCCAAGGGCACCCAGGUGAUUGCUCGCAACCAGGUACGUCUGGCGGAGGUGUGGAUGGACGACUACAAGGAGAUCUUCUACCGUCGUAACCAGCAAGCUGCACAGAUUGCGAGAGAUAAGUCAUUUGGAGACAUCUCAAAACGUGUGGACCUCCGGGCGCGGCUGCAGUGCAACAGCUUCUCCUGGUAUUUGAAGAACGUUUAUCCGGAGGUCUUCAUGCCUGAUCUCAACCCACUUCACUUUGGCUCUGUGAAAAGUGUGGGCAAAGACUCAUGUCUGGAUGCUGGGGAGAACAAUGAGGGUGGGAAAGAGCUGAUCAUGUACCAAUGUCAUGGACUAGGAGGGAACCAGUAUUUUGAGUACUCCACACAUCACGAGAUUAGACACAACAUUCAGAAGGAGCUGUGUUUGCACGGGGCCAGCGGGGCAUUGAAGCUGGAGGACUGCCAGUAUAAAGGCAGGAACACAUUUGUAGGAGUGGAGCAAAAAUGGGAACUGAAGGAUAACCAGUUAUUCUUCAUCCCAGGACUGAACCUGUGUCUGAGUGCCCGUCACGAGCAUCCUUCUCUCGCCGCGUGCAACCCCUCAGACAGAUACCAGCUCUGGUCCUUUGUCUAAUCACCACUUUACAAGUAGCUACUCCGUAUGCAUGAGGCAUACUGAGUACAUAAGAAUACUAUACUGUAUGCAGUUAUAAUGCAAGUUUUUUUUUAGAUCAUUGACAUUGAGUUUUAAUUUAUUUUUAUACAUAGAAGAACUGAAGUGCUGCUGCUGGAGAGUUUGGACUUUGGGAGAAAUCCAGUGUUUCUCUGCUGGAAGGAAAAGCAUUGAAACAAUAAGCCCCGGUCAGACUGUGAACUGAGAUUCAUAGAGCAAUGAAGAUCCACUGUGUGAUCCAAGUGCCUCUUUUGUGUUUGAAAUGUUUUCACUACUCCGAGUCUUCCCAGCCGUGCAGUAUUAGGUAGGUAAAGACAUCACUGAAUAUUUUCUGCAGAGACAUGAACAUGAAUCUGACACAAAAAGCAAAGCAGGUCGUGAACAUUAUAAACUAGGAUGACGCUCGGUAGAGAACAUACCUCCACCAAGGCCAACAGUCCCCUUAUCAAACCACAAUUAAAUUCACUAGAACUCGAUUUUAUUUCAAUACAUAUCAUUCCCCUAAAUGUUUCAAGAUUUUUGUAUUAUUCUCUGACAGAUGUUUGACAAAAAUGUUUGAAAACAUCAUAUCGCACUAAAGAAAGAAAACAUUGUCUUGGAUCCGCCCCCUGAUCCAGAUUUGCACCAACAGCGAAUGAGUUCUUCCCCGACCCAUAUGUCAUCCCUCCACCGAGUUUCGUGGUAAUCCGUCCUGUGGUUUUUGUGUAACCCUGCUAACAAACAAACACAGUCAAGAACCUCACCUCCUCAGCGGAGGUAACAUGAGGUUCAAGCUGAACUCACAAAAAUCCUACAUGUUUCGCACCAAAGAGAAGAGGAAGUCUGAAACACACAGCUAUGGUGUGCAUUGUCCCUUUUUGUUUUGUUUUUUAAGAAACCUGGUGUUUGGUACCGUCCAGUGCCUUGGAUGUCAUUUUAUUCUGGGUGGAAAGAAUGGUUGGGGGAUGGUGGUGGAACGGGUUAUUGUAUGGUGGGGUUCGACUCCUGCAGUGAUCUGAUGGAAAUGGUUGAAGUCGAUUUAUUUUAUUUAAUUAUCUCCUGAGGUGAAUUUCUAAGCCUUCAAAUCUUAAGUUAAGAAAACUUUUGCCAAACAAACGGACGUAAAGAGAAAAUAAAGAUAAACAAACUUCAAGUUACUGCAAAAAUGCAUCUGAUGAUGUGACGUUUUAUAAAUGGCAUAGAUGCAAGUCAAAGCAUUAUGAUGAAUGGUUCUUCAAUUCUCUCAAUCGUGGCAGUGUUUAUUUGUAUUAUUUAAAAUUGUACACCUGGUUUUUAUUUUUUGAAAGGAAACAUUCAAUGUAAAAUGAAUGCCCCCAAUGAAUUAUAUCUACAGAUCAAAUGCCUCAAACUCGUCUUCUGCAUCUGAGCAGGAGUCGACACAUGAAUUUCUGGUGCAGGCACUGGUGUUUAGACUGAAGUGGAAUAAUGCAAAUGGUUUUGUUUGGUGAGGAACAGGUCAAAUACGAGUGUUUUCUUAAACUGGAGACUGUUUGGUGUUUUGUAAAGAGUGCCUUGGUAUUAAGGUGUUAUUUUGAGCUCAAUAAAUGCUGUUGGGUAGUAUG